GUGCGUCAUCAGACUCACUUACUUCCUUCGCUUCACUUGGACAGUCCGAUUACAACGGGAACAAUACACUGAGUGCCAAGGAGGGUCAUAGGGGAACGUUUGAAAGUCAUAUUGACCAUAUGCAAAAUAUCACAACGGAUAUUAGUCAUCACACAGCUCCGAGGAAGUACCUGUCAAGUAAAUGUACUUGCUUAAUUGAUAUAAAGCGAAUUAGAUACCUGUCACCCUUCUAUCCCUUGCUAUAUAACCUAGUGCAGUACUACCGUGUGGUCACAAAGACACAACAGGACCAAAGUGAAGGCAUUAAAGAGCAGCAGAGCUCGCUUACUGGAGCAGAGAUAGAACUGAGGCGAGGUUGCAACCAAGGAGGGAACAUAUCAUUUUUGUGCACGCUUGAGGCACUUAUAUGGAGAGAAGAUACCAAUUUCCGCAGGUGUCAACAUCGAGCUCUCAAAAGUCAUAGAGAGUGGCUAAAAAACAUUUAAACUCAGUUUACAAGUGCCCGAACAGCCUAUUUCUACUCUUGAAAAUCGAAACAAACGAAGAAAGAAGACUUAAACGGCUGAAGAGUUGCACGCAACAGAUUGCUGCAUCAUGAAAUUACUGCUACCGCUUGUGAUAGCUUUUCUUGCUAUCGCCCAAGUUUUUAGUGAAGAAAUUGGUCCAAAGGAAGAUCUUGAUUAUUGGAUGGACGAUCAAAUUACGGACGAGUGGCUGUCAUCUGACCCAUUCGGAGAGAUACUGCGGAGAAUGACGCGGAAACCGAGGCCGCAUCAGUUCUUUGGCCUAAUGGGGAAACGCUCCUCCGCAAAUCCACAGAUAACCCGAAAAAGGCAUAAAAUUAACUCCUUUGUUGGACUGAUGGGUAAGAGGAGCCAAGAGAAACCAGAUUCAUAUGAGUGGAACGCACUACAGAACUACAACAAGCGCCGCUAACCGGUUGGUCUUUCUUCAGUCCUCUGCUAUUGGUCCACUUCUCAUCCAGUCAUUCCUACAGACAAGUGGAAGGGGUGUCUGAUGCCGAGUUUUGUUUUGUGCAAAAUAUGGAUAGUUAGUCAAAGUUAUUGUAAGUUACCAUAAUAAAAUGUCUGUUUUCA